AGACCAACGUCUCGGGGGACCUGUGCUACCUGGGCGAGGAGAACUGCCAAGUCAGAUUUGCAAAAUCGGCCCUCCGGAGGAAGUGUGCGGUCUGUAAAAUUGUCGUCCACACCGCCUGCAUCGAACAGCUAGAAAAGAUUAAUUUCAGAUGUAAACCAACAUUUCGAGAAGGGGGCUCAAGGUCGCCAAGAGAAAAUUUUGUGCGUCAUCACUGGGUGCACAGGCGUCGGCAGGAGGGAAAAUGUAAGCAGUGUGGUAAGGGCUUUCAGCAGAAGUUCUCCUUCCACAGUAAAGAGAUCGUGGCUAUCAGCUGUUCCUGGUGCAAGCAGGCGUUUCACAAUAAGGUGACCUGCUUCAUGCUGCACCACAUCGAGGAACCCUGCUCCCUGGGGGCCCACGCGGCCGUCAUUGUCCCGCCCACCUGGAUCAUUAAGGUGAAGAAAGCGCAGACCUCUCUGAAGGCUUCCAAUCGAAAGAAGAAGAGAACAAGCUUUAAAAGGAAAGCCAGUAAAAGAGGAACGGAACAGGAAAACAAAGGCCGUCCUUUCGUGAUAAAACCUAUCUCUUCUCCGCUCAUGAAACCCUUGCUUGUGUUUGUGAACCCCAAGAGCGGAGGCAACCAGGGAACCAAAGUCCUGCAGAUGUUCAUGUGGUACCUGAAUCCACGGCAAGUCUUUGAUCUUUCUCAGGAAGGGCCAAAAGAUGCGCUCGAGCUGUAUAGGAAAGUGCCCAAUCUGCGCAUUCUGGCCUGCGGCGGCGAUGGAACGGUGGGCUGGAUCCUUUCUGUUCUGGAUGAACUGCAGCUGAGCCCGCAGCCUCCCGUUGGCGUCCUUCCUCUGGGGACUGGGAAUGACCUGGCCCGAACUCUCAACUGGGGAGGGGGCUACACUGAUGAACCUGUUUCCAAGAUCCUUUGCCAAGUAGAAGAUGGGACAAUUGUACAACUAGAUCGCUGGAACCUCCACGUGGAAAGAAACCCAGACUUGCCUCCAGAAGAGCUUGAAGAUGGCGUGUGUAAGCUCCCUCUGAACGUUUUCAAUAAUUACUUCAGCCUCGGCUUCGAUGCCCACGUCACGCUGGAGUUCCACGAAUCCCGAGAGGCAAAUCCAGAGAAAUUCAACAGUCGUUUUCGAAAUAAAAUGUUCUAUGCAGGGGCAGCUUUUUCUGAUUUCCUACAGAGAAGCUCUAGAGAUCUAUCCAAACACGUUAAAGUUGUUUGUGAUGGAACAGAUCUCACCCCAAAGAUUCAGGAACUGAAGUUCCAGUGUAUAGUAUUUUUAAAUAUACCCAGAUAUUGUGCUGGCACAAUGCCCUGGGGGAACCCAGGGGAUCACCAUGAUUUCGAACCUCAGCGUCACGAUGACGGUUAUAUUGAAGUCAUUGGAUUCACCAUGGCCUCUUUGGCCGCCCUGCAGGUUGGGGGCCACGGGGAGAGGCUGCACCAGUGCCGGGAGGUCAUGCUGCUGACUUACAAAUCCAUCCCCAUGCAAGUGGAUGGGGAGCCCUGCAGGUUGGCCCCGGCCAUGAUUCGGAUCUCCCUGAGGAAUCAGGCCAACAUGGUGCAGAAGAGCAAGCGGAGGACGUCCAUGCCGUUGCUCAACGAUCCCCAGUCUGUCCCAGAUCGCCUGAGGAUCCGCGUGAACAAAAUCAGUUUGCAAGACUAUGAAGGAUUCCACUACGACAAAGAGAAACUCCGGGAAGCUUCCAUCCCUCUGGGUAUUCUAGUUGUGCGUGGAGACUGUGAUUUGGAGACUUGCCGUAUGUACAUAGAUCGCCUACAGGAGGACCUGCAGUCAGUUUCUUCUGGCUCCCACAGAGUUCAUUACCAGGACCAAGAAACCUCCUUCCCCAGGGCACUCUCAGCUCAGAGACUCUCCCCACGGUGGUGCUUUCUAGAUGCAACUUCUGCUGAUCGCUUUUAUCGAAUAGACAGAUCUCAGGAACAUUUGCACUUUGUGAUGGAGAUUUCUCAAGAUGAGGUUUUUAUUCUGGACCCAGAUAUGGCAUUGUCACAGCAGGCGGGGACACCGCCAGGAAUGCCUGACCUGGUGGUGGAGCAAGCGUCAGGAGUGUCCGACUGGUGGAACCCCGCGCUGCGGAAACGCAUGCUGAGUGACAGUGGCCUGGGCCUGAUGGCGCCGCGCUACGAGGACCCGGAUCUGAAGGACCUCAGCCACUCCCGCGUGCUACAGUCACCAGUCUCUUCGGAAGAUCACGCAAUUUUGCAGGCAGUAAUAGCUGGUGAUCUUAUGAAGCUAAUAGAGAGCUAUAAAAACGGAGGCAGUCUGCUAAUUCAGGGACCAGACCACUGUUCACUCCUUCACCACGCAGCUAAAACCGGCAACGGGGAGAUCGUGAAGUAUAUCCUUGACCACGGACCUUCCGAGUUAUUGGAUAUGGCUGACAGCGAAACGGGUGAGACCGCCCUGCACAAGGCUGCCUGCCAGCGGAACCGGGCCGUGUGCCAGCUUCUGGUGGACGCAGGAGCAUCUCUGAGAAAGACGGACUCCAAGGGUAAGACACCUCAGGACAGAGCUCAGCAGGCUGGGGACCCUGAUUUGGCUGCUUACCUAGAAAGCCGUCAGAACUAUAAGAUCAUUGGCCAUGAGGACCUGGAAACUACUGUUUGACCCUGGUAGAUGGGCAAAGACAACCUGAGCGAGCACAUCACCUGUGCCCUCCAGGCGAUCGGGCAGCUCCCCUGGAAGAAGCUGGUGGAAUCCAGAAAUCUGUCUCUCCUGCAAGAAUCUAUCUGAGACCAUGCCACCAAUUUUUAAGGGCUACCAGGAUGUACAACACGAUAGGCUAGCCCACAGAGGACGAGGCAGGAUACCUGGCGAUUGGUGGAAAAUGAUCCACAAAAUUCGAUCUUUCUCGCUUCCAGCAAGUAGCAUGAACUUCUAUGUUCACCUGUAUCAUUUAUCUUAAAGAUUCAAAGGAUGUUCGUAUAAAUGGCACUGUUCCCUGCUCCCUGCUCCCCCUACGCAUUCGCCUUCCCCUGCCCCACACCAUCCUCCUGUAACCACCGUCCACCGACAAAAUGCGAUGUGACCUGUUCUCUUUACAUUCAGCCCUUGAAGACCGCAAGGCUGUCUGAAGUUCUUUCAAAACCCUCUGGUUGUCCUGCAGGAAUAUAACUGUAAAACCGCUUCCAUUUCCAAGACUAAAAUACACCGGGACGACUUAGUGACGUUUUUUGCAUGUCGCCCCUCCCUGCCCAUUCCCUUUCCAUCAUUUAGGAGCUGGGAGUUGCCACGUGGCUAAUGUCAACUUGUGCACUGUAUCCCUGAGGUAUGCUGAGGUGGCAUGGGAGUCGCCUGUUCUCAGAGGGACCUCAGAGAGGUAACCCAGGGGUUGGCCCAGGUUGCGGGCCUGUUCCCAGAUGGCCGCGGAGGCCGGGUUCAGCUUGGGCUGUUUGGACAGCUCCGUCUGCCCGCCUUCGAGUGGCCACCUUUGCCUUUGCUGCAGUGGAGAGGAGCAGCGGACGAAGCCAGGCCCGGAGCUGGUCUGCAGAAGCGCUCAGCUUUAAGUGCUCUUUCAGCCGCAGAGCAGCAGACCCUGGGUGGGAACUGCGGUUACAGGAAAUGGAGCUCUGUGCCAGCGUUUACUUCUAGGCUUUUUUGAGCGAUAAUGGAAAGCAGGCUAAUGGACCUGAAAUAAAACAGCAGAAGCAAAAGUAGCAACAUAUGUCAAAAUAACUCACUUAAGUAAGAAAACAGUCACUGGAAUUUCGCACAGAGGCUAAUAAGGACAGACUCUUGGGCACAGUGGGGAGAGGGGGCCCAUUUCAGAUUUUCCUUCUAAGUUUCUGGUUUUCAUUACCCCAAGUUCGCCUCGUGCCAAGGACAAAGCCUCGCUGUGCGAGUUUCACUGCCAGAUUUCCGGGACGCGUGGCCUUUUCUGAUGGACGCCUCACCCAUGUCCCUGUCAGGUCCCAAGCUUAUACCUGAUAGCACUAUAGCCCCAUUGUACAUGUUUGGGGAAAUAUAUUAUCUUCUCUGUUUUCUUCUGCCAGAAAGGUCUUAUUGCAAACCAUUGUGAGAGUCCAGCCAGGAAAGCCUCUCUGGCAGUGGAAUUCUAACUUCAAAUCCUGCCCCAGAUCAGUCGGUCCUUACAGGUACCUCUAUUAAGGACUUGGUGACAAUUACAAUAUUAGGAGGAAACGUCUUCUAACUUUUGGUGAAGAUGCAUAGAUGGCUUGGGUAUAAAUCAGAAAUGAAAGUGGGUGAUCAGGGGUUUGCUUCGCUCUUAGACAUAAGCAACAUGCUUCCUUCUUGUUUCUGCACGUGAGCACAAAGGAUUGUUUCUCCACAUUUAAUUUAAGGGUCCAGUGGCCACGCAUUGCUGAUCUGAAUCAUGUUUGGGUCACAGACCAGUUUGAAAGUACAGGUAUGAUACACUGUUAAGCAGGAACAGCCUCUCAGUGGCUGGGGGUUAAGUCUCUCCGUAGUCGUUUCAAACUCAAGGGACCGGCGUUAUAU